AUGGACAUAGUUUGCCGUAUAUGGACAUUCUUCGGCCUCCCUCAGGGCCCUUGGGCCCUCUCAUCAGGCUCCGGCCCUUUCCCCCUCGCCUCCCAUUUCCCGGACCUACUAAUACCCGGUCCGUGUCUCUCGAUGUUAUAUUACGGCCGUGGCGAGACCGGGGGUGUGUUGCCCGUCCUGCGCUUCGCAUGCACCUUAUCCAGCACCAUGGACAGGCUCACCGAGGUCGCAGAGCGAAGACUCUGGGACGCUGCACAGUGCAAGAAGCGAAAGGACCAUGGAGAAGGGGAGACGGGGGUGAUGGAGGGUGAUGAAGGGGGAGGAGGAGGGAGGAUGCGGUCGGCCGGUGGGUGA